AUGGAAACAGCAUAGUUCUCCUCUCAGAAGGCAGCCUGGCACACUCAGAAGAGUGGUGCCAUUUGGCUGCAGAAGCCCCCAAGGUGCCUCUGCCAGGGAGCUUUCUCAGACGAGCCGCCUGCGGUCUGCAGCCCGGGAGAGAUGGUCUCAGGCACUGUGGCAGUGGCACCCCUUGCCAAGAAUGUGGUGGUCUUUCGCAACGGGGAUCCCUUUUUCCUUGGCCGGAAAUUUGUUGUGAGCCACCGCCGGUUCCUGACUUUUGAUGCCUUUUUGAAUGAAGUGACCAGCACCGUCCAAGCCCCCGUGGCCAUUAGGAGCAUCUACACGCCUCGAGGGGGUCAUCGCAUCAUGGAGCUGAGCGAGCUGCAGAACGGGUGCCAAUACGUCGCUGCGGGUUUUGAGCGGUUCAAAAGGCUUGACUAUGCAAAUGUUGGAAUGAAACAGCUGAACAAGCACCAGAAAAAAAAUGGAGCCCAGAAUUAUCCAGGUGUUCCUCAGAAGGUGAUGGUUACGGCAGGAUGGAAGCGGCAAACGAACCUUCCUUGUGUCAUCUACGUUUUCCGCAACGGAGACCUGCUGAGCCCCCCCUUUCGAAUGGUCCUGGCCAGGAGCGCCUUGCAGGAAUGGGGCAUCGUCCUCAGCCGCUUGUCAGAAAAGGCAAAUUUGCACACUGGAGUGGUGAAAAAGCUCUGCAAGCUGAACGGCGACCUCGUCUCCCGGGGGGAGGAGCUUGUGAAUGGCGAAUAUUACGUGGCUGUGGGGCUGGAGAAGUACAAAGAUUUGCCUUACUUUGAACUACUGGUGCCUCCCAAAAUCCCUCAUCGUCCCUUUCGGAACUUUCCCGCUAACAGAAGGAGCUACAAUCAGGGGGUGGUCUCUGAAGACGGAGCCAGCGACUCGGCACUCCUUGAGCCAGCACAACAGCUGAAGCCUUGGCGGGUGCAUUCCACAGGGAUCAUGCCUGCAGGAGACCCUCCGCGUCCCUCUGAGUCCAGGGCAGCUAAGAAAUAUCCUCACCAAGAUAAAGCGACAUCUGUCUUCCAUGCCAAGCCAAGCCAGGUCAGACAAGUGAGCCAGGGCCCUGGCAACUAUUCUGCCCAAGAAGAUGAAAGUGUUUAUAAAAGGAGAGGAGGAAGGCAGGAGAUGGCGGAUGCGCAGGAAAUUGGAGAGGAUGAAAACACGCAGGUUGAAUUGCCUGUAGACCAGAAAGCUGCAGAGAUUGUGGAAGAGGAAGUUAUAUCAAAGAUCGAAGGAAGGCCAUCCAAGAAGGUAUUUCACUGCCUGGCAAGGGGUUGUAAGUGAGACAGAAGCUUCAUUUGCAGUCACGGAGGAGAAGCUCUCGUGGAUCUGAGAAGUGAUUCUAAUGAAACAGGCCAAGCAGGUUUGCCGGCGGGAAUGUCUUGAACCAAAUGUGUGGUAGUUUUGUGCAAUUUUUGUCUACAGAAUUUGUUCUUACAAUAAAA